CCUUGCUGCUCCGCAAGGGCGCCGUCCGCCCUCACCCGCCCUUCUCCUUUACCCCCUAUCCCAGCCGAGGUCCCGAGCAGCCGCGGGGCGCUUGGGCCCAGGGCGAGCCAGGCCUGCCGCGCCGCCCGCCGCCAUGGAGCCCAGGCCCGCCGCACCGGGGCCUUGUCCCGGCGACUCGCGCGGCGCGGAAGAAGCGGCCGCGGCCUCUUCGCUGCACCCUGCCGAGGCCCAGCCCCGGCGCCGCGCUCCCGCCGUGGCUGCCGUGUUGCCGGCUGGGGGAAGCGGGGAGAGGAUGGGCGUCCCCACCCCGAAGCAGUUCUGUCCCAUCCUGGAGAGGCCGCUCAUCAGCUACACCCUGCAGGCCUUGGAGAGAGUAUGUUGGAUAAAGGACAUUGUUGUAGCAGUAACAGGAGAGAACAUGAAAGCAAUGAAGUGUAUUAUUCAGAAGUACCAGCAUCAGCGAAUCUCCCUGGUUGAAGCUGGAGUGACCCGCCACAGGUCAAUUUUCAAUGGACUAAAAGCUCUGGCAGAGGACCAGCCUGACUCUAAACUCUCUAAGCCAGAAGUUGUGAUAAUCCAUGAUGCUGUGAGACCGUUUGUCGAGGAAGAUGUCCUUCUUAAAGUUGUCACAGCUGCUAAGGAACAUGGGGCAGCAGGAGCAAUUCGACCUCUUGUGUCCACUGUAAUCAGUCCAUCUGCUGAUGGUUGCUUAGACCAUUCACUAGAACGUGCCAGACACAGAGCAAGUGAAAUGCCACAGGCUUUUCUAUUUGAUGUGAUCUAUGAAGCAUAUCAGCAGUGUAGUGACUAUGACUUGGAAUUUGGAACCGAGUGUUUGCAGUUGGCUCUAAAAUACGGUCACAUUAAUGCCAAACUUGUGGAAGGAUCACCUGACCUCUGGAAGGUGACCUACAAACGAGAUCUGUAUGCAGCGGAAUCGAUUAUUAAGGAAAGAAUUUCACAACACAUUUGCAUAGUUAUGGACACAAAAGAAGAUGAGAAUCAUGUAGGUCAUCAUCUUGAAGAAAUACUAAAAAAUGAAUUAAAUCAUGUAAAAGUCACCUCUGGAGCUCUGUGUCCUACUAGCAGAGAUCUUGAGCAAAUCAUCUUGGAGCAAUGCUACAAUUACGUUUGUGUGAAUGUUAUGUCCUCUGAUUUUGAGGAAACCCGGAAACUACUGAACAUGCUUGAAGAGAGUAAUCUAUCCAUUUUAUAUCCUAUUGUUGUUAUUUCAGUAUAUUUUCUGGAUUAUAAAUCAGUACCUUUUGAUGAGAAAAUGGAAAGCCUAAUACAGAUUAGGGAAUAUGCAAAGGAAGUGAAAAAAAGAAAUAUUUUAUUAUCUGGUCUUCUUAUAUAUUUCCCACAGGAUGAGCAGAAGCUACAGGCAAGUUUAAGGCAAGGAGUCACAAUUAUUGCCACCUUAAUCAAAGAAAGAAAUUCUGGACUUGUUGGUCAGCUACUGGUAGCAUGAAGAACACAGAGAAAAUUAUGUACUGGGUUUUUAGAAACAUUUACCUAGGUCUCUGCUGUGCUUCCCUCCCUAUUGUAUGUGGUAGAAUGUUUAAUUUGUAGGAUGUGACGUUUGGGUUAUAGAAAUGAAUCAAUGUUUAUGUCUGUGAAAAAAAUACUCUUGUGCAUGUCAAAUAUAAAGUAAUCAGAAAAUAUGCAAAUGGAAAGUAAUAACCUUCAUGUAAUCUUCUGCAAAGGCAUGAAAAAUCAAAUAGAAAUCAUGAUGAAUGAGCUAAUCCUCCUAGGAAUGAGAAUUUAGAGAACUUCAACUGUGAUCUUAUCUCUGUGUUUAAUUAGUAAAUCACACUAUCAUGAAACGAGUAAAAAAAAGAUUGAGAAUAAUUUUUAAUUCCAAAAUUGUCCUCUUACCAACUGAUAUUUUGAUUUGUUUUCUAAUUUUCCACACCUUAAAAAAUAAAAGAGACAACAGGGAACUCUGGUUCUAAUAUUUUCACUGUUGGCCUCACAUUACUCUAGAUCCAUAAAGGAGAUGUAAUUCUCUCCUGCUUUUCUGUUUUAAAAUUCUAUGUUUUCUUUGGUUUAUGAAAAAUAAUUCUGACUUAUAUUAAAAGGUCUCUGAUUUUUCUGAAUGCCUUUAAAAGAAGACCAGAAAUCUUCAUAAAAGUGAAAUUAUUUUGGUCAGUCCCAAGUUAGUCUUUUCUGAAAGGGAGUCAUAAAUUAUUUUUUGAUACAGACACUGCUGUCUUUUUUUUUAUUUUAAUUUUUUAUUUAAGUAGGCUCCAUGCCCAGCAUGGAGCCCAAUGCAGGACUUGAACUCAUGACCCUGAGAUCAAAACCCGAGCUAGAUCAAGAAUAAGACUCUUCAAAGAAUGAGCCACCCAGGUGCCCUGAUAUUGCUGUCUUUUAAAAUCAUGUUCUUACUCUUUCAAAUUUCCACUGGUAUAUACAUCUUAAAAGUGUGAAUGAUUUUCACUUACAUUAAAUUUUGCAAAAAAUGUAUAUACAAUCAUUAGAGAUAACUUUUAUUCUAUUUUUACAUUUAUAAAAACACAUUAGAUCAGAUUCCAAGGCUUAGGUUACUUGUGGAAACUAUAAAAGUUGCAUGAGAUGUUAUCAGUUAAAGAUAAACUGUGAGAAUUUCUAUAAAAUUUCUUAACAUGUUGGAUGAUUUUCCCUGUUUUUAUCUAGGACCUAUAUUAGUAGGAUAGUUUAUAUUUUACAUUUAAGUAAUAGUAGAAUAUAAUGGAGUAAUUACUUCAAUUCAUACUCCUAAAUGAAGUGUGUUAUUUCAGUGUAGCUUAGAUCUAAAUUCCUGGGCUUACCACUUUUUUUUUUUCUCUAGGGAUGAUAAAAAACAUAAAUGAUUUAAUUCAAAAUCGUGAUGGUGAAAGUUAUGUGGGCAAUAUAUAGAUUUGUGGCUAGAACAUCUGUGUCAUUGUUAAGGUGGUGGGUUGACUGUGUUGUGAAAAGGUCCACACCUGCACCUUUUGAAGUCUUCAGGUGAAAAUGUUUUAGAACUCGGAAGUGGUUAUAAAGGCAAAUAGGAAAAUAUUAUCAUGGUUUUAAAGAGAAAGUGCCUUUGAGUAAAAGGCAGAAACAGUAUAUCUAUGGCACAGCAAAAUUACUGUAUCAAUUGAGUGCUGGUUAAGUUACCUUAAAUUUCAAAUUAUUAAUGGAUUGUUGAGCCAGAUAAGAAUUUAUCUGGGAGCGAUUACUAAUGACUUUACCCUAGGCAAUCUUAAACUGUGACUGAAAUAAUCACCGUCAUCAUCACCAUUAUAAUCUCAUUUGAUUUUUUCCUUACAGUUUACAAAGUGAUUGACAGCUUUGAAAGUAAUUUAAAUCUCAGCCACCAUGCUUAAUGUUAGUGGUUUACUUAUCCUUUAGCUACAGUGAUGGCAUAAUAGUUGGGGCCAGAUAGACAUGUUCCACUAGGAAUCGGUUGGUCCAUAACUUAUGGCAGGUAUAGAGCCACUAUUAAUUAGACAACACAGAAGGAUAUGAUUACACCACUUUAUUCUACAUAAAAUUUUCCAAUCCUAGAAUGUACAAGGAUGAAGGUAGAAUCAUUUAAACUUAGCAACAAAAACAAAUUGUUCCAACUCUAAUAACAGAGAAUAUAGGUGAUUCUAAUAGUGUCAGUCCAUUAAAUUCAUUAUUCUACAAGAUUCUGCAAAGACAAAAUCUAAAUUGGGUGAAUAUUUGUCAACAUCAAUGGACCUUUCUCCUCGACUCUUUUAUAUCUUGAUCUUAAUUAUGUUUCUGUUUUUCAAAGAGUUUUGAAAGGACCAAAUUGUUUUAAAGUAUCUAAUAAGAGAAUUAAAUUAGAUCACAAUGAAAAAAAAAAGUAAUUUAAAAAAGUCUUCCCACAUCCUUUAUUGUGUAGAUGGAACUUGAGGUUCAGAGAUCUUAGCUACUUUGUGGAGAGCCCUGUGGCUCCCUAAUAACAAGAGGUAGAGAUUAGACUCAGGACCACUGAUGCUAAGUUUGAAGCUCAGCUCCCUGUUUAAUUAUGAUGCUGGUAAAGGACAUCCAGCUGAGAGGCUGUGGGAGGUAAGCCAGAAGCUCUCAGUGAGCCCUGGGGGAAUGGACAAAGAGGGACAGAUCAUCCCAAUGACCAGAGGAAAGUCCUGAAGCUUGUAGCUUUCCAGCCAUCUUUCCAACAUAUAGAAAUUGUAGCUAGGGGUGAAGGAAAUGGAAAGAAUUGUUGGCCAAGAGAGAAAGAUAAAUUGGUUGUUUUUAGUGUCUGAGAGAUCCAGAGGCAACUUUAUUGUUAAAUUUUCAUCACUGCUUCUUUCAUGGGAACUAUUUUCACUUUAUUUUCUAAAAUGCCUUCUAAAAUAAUAGUUAAGUUAUGCUUCAGCAUUGCUCAAAUUGUUUUCUACCUGUGGAAAAUUUUAUGAAUGACUAUUUUCUUUCUAAAUGUUCGCUAGUUAAUUAAGUGCAAUUUAGUUAGACUUUUAUGGAAUUUAACAGUGUGAUCAAUGGUUUGGCUAAUGACAUAUUGGUAAGAGGUGCAAUUUUUUUUUCAUAAAACUGCUCAGUUUGAGAGAUAAGUUGUUGGAAGUAUAUGAAUUUAUGAGUAAGAAUUACCAGAGCCAUUCUUCCUGUGGUCACUUCAAACAUUUUGCAUUGGUUUAACAGGUAAACUCUUUUUUUUUUUUUUCAUGCUGGUUAUCACUAUCAAAUUUUACUUAAUACAUGUAAAUAUAAUGAUCAUUUUAUAAACAUCAAGUUGCAGUAGAACAUUUUCUUAUAUUAAAUCUGCAAAUUUUAUUUCCUUUUAAUGUUGAAACUAAUUAGUCCAAGGAAGAGUAAAUAAUAUUUGAAUUAAAAUGUUACAGCCAUUUUGAUGAAGAAAAAGUGAAGUUAUUUUCAAAGUUUAAUUAAAAAAUAAACAGAAUAAAUGAAAAAGUAUAUAUCAUUUUAGGAUUUGUUAGUAUGGUUCAAAAUAAGUGAAUUAGAACCGGCUUGUGGGUGGUUUGGGCACUAUACCAUUUAUAUAUGUUCUUGUACAAUUUUAGUUUCAAAAUUGUGAAAAAUGUGCAUUUUUUAAAUGAAAAGUAACACUAGUAAAGAUUCUCAGUAUAUUCUCUUUUAAGAAAAAAUAUGUGAUUGAUAAAUAACUAAAUACUUAAUGGUAUUUUAAAAUCCAAUGGCAAUUAUCAUUGAUAUUUAGUGUGUAUAUACAUAUUUUUUCAUACUAAUUCGAUCACAGUUGAAUAACUAAAUAUGACAUUUACUCAAAAAAUAACAGUGUGAUGUUUUAUAUUACAGGUGGAAUUUGAGAUCCAGAUUUAUUAUUCUGUAAGAUAUAUUAAAAAUCUGC